AUGACCAUUGCUCUUCAAGAGUACACUACAUUGGCAAGGGAACGGUUUAACAAGAAAAUGGGCAAGUCUAUGGGUAGCUCCGACCAUGUUGUACAAUCUGCUAUUGGUGGCGAUCCUUGCUCCCUUGGGAGGGCUUUAGAUGGUAGAAUGGUCUCUCCCAAUGAUCCAUUUUGGACCUUCGAUUUUGACGAUGCUUACUUUGACUCUGACGAUGAUGACAUGGAGAGUUUUGGAUGCGGUGAUGAUAUGGAUGUCAGUGACUGUGAUGAUGACAUGGAAAUUGGUGUAGACACAGAUUCAAACUAUGACAACGAGGAGGAAGAGUUUUGGAUUGUAUUUCCAUUUGUUGGUGAGAUGGUGGCUUAUUUCCAGCGGCAUUAUGACAAGCGCCCAAUGCGUACUAGCAUUUUGAGUGGGAAAGACUACAUGGUUGAAGUGAGGGAUGGCAAUCCUACCAAUUGUCAUGACAUAUUCUGCAUGACAUUGGACUUGCUCUAUCAUUUGGUGGAUGAGCUGAAACAGCAUGGGUACUUGAAGGAAAGGAAGGGGCGUGUGGACAUGCAGGAGGCUGUUGCCAUAUUCUUGUACAUUGUCGGCCAUAAUACUCGAAUGCGACCUGUGGGUGACAGAUUCCAACAUUCCACUGAAACUGUCAGCCGCAAGUUUUGUAGGGUGUUGCAAGCUGUCCACACCUAUGGCCAAUAUUUAAUCAAGCCCGAUCCGAAUGUGGUAAGCCUUCCAAAGCAUAUGCGAUCGAAUAACAAAUACUACCCUUGGUUUGAGAGAAGCAUAGGAGCUAUUGAUGGAACGCAUAUUAAUGCUCGGCCUCCAAGUGAGAGAACCCAGCCUUGUAGGAGUUGCAAGAGCUUGAUUACAACCAACGUUAUGUGCGCAUGUGACCAUGAUAUGAAGUUUACAUAUGUCCACUCUGGUUGGGAGGGAAGUGCCCACGACUCAAAGGUCUUCGAAGAAGCUAUUAAAGAUCCGAAGCAUGGAUUCCUAUGGCCAUCGGAAGGGUCCUAUUACUUGGUUGAUUCGGGGUACCCCAUUGGUGCAUCGUUUCUUCCACCACACAAGGCCACCCGAUAUCAUGCUCAGGAAUUCAGGAGGAGCAAUAGGCAACCGGCAUCGGGGAGAGAGUUGUUUAACUAUAGACACUCUUCAUUGUGCAUGGUAAUUGAGAGGAGCUUUGGAGUCCUUAAGGCUCGCUUUUCCAUCUUGAGUUGUAUGGCAAACUAUAAGGAAUCUCGGCAAUGUUUGGUUGUUUCUGCUUGUUGUGCAUUACACAAUUUUAUACGUAUCAAUAAUCGUAGAGAUGAAAUGUUUAACUCAUGGGAGAACCUUGACGUUAAUAGAGAUGAUGUACAAGCUGGAAACAAUGGGAAUUCUCCUGAGUCAAGUGCAAGUGCUGAAAGGAGGCAUGUAAGGGAGAUGUCUGAUGCGGUGAAGAGGGCAAUGGGUGAGUUUAGGGAUGAUGUGACUGCUUGCAUGUGGAAGGAGUACGCAUGA